GAUUUCAGUACACUACUUUUUGGACGCCGGUUAUUUUAUUAUGGUGCUCAUGUCCCUUUAAGAAGCGCCGCACCAUUACGUCACUGUGCUUUUGCAGCGUCAGUGCGCGGCGCUCGCGCUCUCAGCAGCGUCAUUCAUCCACCUCCAUCAAAGCAGCAGGGAAAGGGCGCUGCAGGACAUCACUGCUCCAGGUCACCCACAAAUUAAAAAAAACACAGAGAAGUUCACUCAGGUCAUCUGUGAUGGAGGACGAGUCGCGCGCAGAGGAGACACCGGAAACUGUGCAGUUUAGUAACAUUGUGUACUGAGGCAGAUGGUGAAAGACUCCUUGCCUAUGUCUUUCUCAGCUAACAGAAGGCCGUCUGCUGGAACCCGCAGACGGCCUGCUGGUACAGCCAGUAGCCGACAGCCUCACGCACAUGCAGAUUCCUCCAUCAGCAGCACUUGCACAGCAACGUCUUGCAAAGGCGCAGAAAUCAGUAUCAAACCACGAUCACACCCAGCUACACCUCGACGGCAGGCGAAGUACGGAGGCUGUAGUGAGAAUCACGGGAUCCGUCCUCCUGCUCCCGAGCAGUAUCUCACCCCACUACAACAGAAGGAAGUGUGUAUCCGUCACUUGCGCGCCCGGCUGAAGGAAAAUGUGGAGAGAUUGCAGGACAGGGACUCAGAGAUCGGGGAGUUGCGCAUGCAGUUGACACGCAUGCAGGAGGACUGGAUCGAGGAGGAGUGUCAUCGCAUUGAGGCCCAGCUGGCACUGAAAGAAGCUAGAAAAGAGAUCCGGCAGCUCCAGCAGGCCGUGGAAGCCGUCCGAUCCAACCUGAGCCACCAUGACUCGGAUCUGCAUGACUGUAAGUCAGAUGGAGCGAGUGGAGUCAGGCUGCAGUCGCGACCUGGAGCCUCGAGGUCAUGUGGCUGCUCUCCAGCACACACCAUCGGUCGCAGUGCCACCUUUACUAGGCUGAGCAGUGAAACAUUGCCUGGCAUCGACCGCAAUGGAAAUGUUACUUCCGAGCACCGCGUUCACCCCAUUCCCGCCAAUCGAGGGGCUGCGACUUUACCAAGAGGUGAUGGACGCCCUCGUCUCAUCCUGGAGGCGGCCCUUCUAUCUGAGCAGGCCCCACCCACAAUGCUGUGCUCCACCCUUUCACGCUCGCCCACCUAUGAGAAACUGUGUAGUGGGGAGACAGUUGUGCCUGUAGGCCGACCCUGCCAUAUGGUUAACAACAACUGCAGCUGUGCACUGCAUGCCUGCCUCCCUCAUCACCAUCUUUUUUUGCAUCUUCCUCAGCAGGAAGUUCCACCUCCCCUGCCUCCUACUCCACCACCAGCGCCACCUAGUGCAUCUGAGGUGAGCGAUAAGCCCGGAUUCAGAUCGCAAGCCUGCAGCCCGACCAUCACCUGGAUCUCACCAGAGGAAAAGGAGGAAGAGGGUGAAGGUGAAGAACUGAGCGUUAUCACUUUAGCCACAACAGCGCCAGACAUCACUCUUGCUGAACCACAAACAAUUUCAAUGUCUUCCUCCUCCAUAUUGUCUACACAAAAAUCUUACCUCGCUAAGCCUUUACCGCCAGACAACCUCAUUCAGUCACUCUCCUCAAAAACAGCUUCACAAACGAUGUUGACUAUGCCACAAAUCCAGCAGCCCAGUCUUCGGUCGCCUCCAUCACCUGAGCAGCCACCACAGAUCAAAGAAGACGAUGGAGCUGCUGGAGCUACUGAGGAAGAGGAGGGGCAAGAACAAGAUCCAUCCAACUGUCACUGGAGUCGCUACUUCCUUGUUGAUCUGCUAGCCGUGGCGGUCCCGAUUGCACCAACAUUGGCGUGGCUUUGUCGAGGACGGCAGCAUGACGUCAUGCCAGCGUACCACAUGGGCUCCCUGCUGCGCGGCUGUUGCGCCGUAGCACUUCAUUCACUAAGACGUGUUGGCAGCACUCGUAGCCGAGGGCCAUCUGGGACAGAGGACGCGACAACAAUCUAAAUAUCUGCCCUAGACUUAGCCCUGAUGUGUUUCUUUUCAGUCAAAUCCUACAUCAUGUUUAAUAGACAUACUAUUUAAGCUUAGAAUGAACUGAAGCAAAAUAUGUUUGCAACAGGCUUUAUCUAUGGAAGGAGAAAUGUCCCACUACAAUCUGAAUUUCAAAGUUAAACAUUUUUUCCCUAAUUUGGCCAAUGCCUACCCACCAGCCAGUGUUUCCGUUAUACAAAAACUAGCAACUGGCGAUUGUGUCUGAGACACAUGAAGCCAGUCAAUCACAACUCUUCAAACUGCUGCUCCUGCUGUGUCACAUGGAAGCGUAACACUCUUGGCGGAACACGCUAUCUACCCUCUUCCGCAUACAUGAGCUCACAAACGCACAGGAUUGGCUAGUGUCUUUGUGAUUGACAGUAUGCCAUCCCACACACCCAGAGACGCCCAGCCACAGAUGGGUGUGUCAUCGUCAGGAUUUGAAAUUGAGAUCUCCGGAUGAUAGGGUGAACAAUUUUCAGUUACGCCAUUCAGGAGCCCUCACGUUUGAAUUUUUAUCCGAUUCUUAAUUCAGAUAUAAAUGUUAAAAACACUAAUCGGGGGACUUAAGGAACGAUUCCAUCACCACCAUUUCAGGCAACAAGCUAAAUAUGUAGUGGUCUGACAAUUUUAAUCUAAAUUUGAAGAACUGAAUUUGAAAUGGGUUGUGUCAUCAAAAAUUGAAUUUGAAUUUUCCACACCUAAAAUUGAAUGUGAAGCCUUGUACACAAAUUCAAGUCAAAUUGUGGUGGAAUACAAUUUCAAUUUAAUCUAAUUCAACUACAAACCUUUACUUACAAACUCAAACAAAGCCAUUUGUACAUUUUAAAUUCAUAUUAUAGCAGCACAAUUCUCAUUCCAUAUUUAUCCUAUAAAACCUUGAUCCUUUUUAAUUUCAUUGCCAUAGCCUUUGUUUCAGGGCUCUUGCUCUCUUACUCAUUUCCACCAAUUGUCAGGUUUCCUUCUUUCCUCUCAGUGGUUUCUCUCCUCCUCUCCACUCCGUCUGCUCCUGUUCCAGCCUUCGAGUCCGAGAAGAAAGCGCAGAUCCAAAAUGGCAGCUCUCUGCCAAGAACACUAGGAUAUAAACAGUACCUCAUGUCUGAUGUUUAAGUAUGAAACAAGGCUCCUGAAGUGCAGUGUGUAGCAGGUCAUUGGUUUGAUGUUUUUAGCCUGCACCGUAUCUGGCUAUUCCUCAUUCAUAUGAGCGUGUUCAUCCAAGCAUGAAACCCAAUACCACUGUUUUGAUUUGAGGGGAAAAUAAAAAAAGAGGGAGGCUUGUGUAAGAAUGUGCUUGCUUGCUUGGAUGAAAGAAUGCCCUACGGUUUUUAAUAAUGUAGCGUGCUCAUUGUAUGCUCAAGAAAGCUUUUAUUUUUAAUUAUUUGUAUAAUAAGAGGCAAUCUCAGGCUGAAUUCUGACUCUAGAUAUAGAUAAUAUGUGUAAUUUGAAAAAAGCUUUAAAAGUUUAUUGAAAUACUGUUUAAUUUUGGAGUACAUCCGUUCCAUCAUACAGCUCAGCUCAGUACAUACAGUAGAUUUGGGUGUAGUGCACUUGUUCAAACAAACUUUUCCUCUUUGCCGUUUCUCCACCUUAAAUCGCCUGUAAAAUCUUUCUUCUCAGUUUAGCACUUUAUAGCAGAGCAUUAACUGAAAUUCAGGGUUGUGUUGCAUGUGUUCAGGUAUUUAAAUGUACUUGAUAUGAAAUUAUGCAUUUUAACAGGUUAUAAUUGUGUUAUAUCGAAGCCAUGCACUCGAGCAAUGAAUCUGAAUCAGGGAUGUCAGAGACCAACGCAAGAGCUCCAUGAAGUCUGGGUAGAGUGCAAGUUAGCUCAGAUUUUCCACUAGACAAGACUAACGAUCCACAUCUAUUUUAAUAAAUGUCACUGCAUUAGCAAUAGCAUUUCCUGUAUCUGCAGUGGAACAUCCUUCAUAAUUGUAGACAAUAUCAAGUACACAGCCUUGAAAGGGUUUUUGGAAAAAGCCUGCAUUCUGUUCUGUAAAUAAACAUGAUUUGAAAAUAAAACGUGACUUUAAACAACCAAUGGAGACUUUUCUUGUCCACAAAUCAACACCAGCUGUCGGAAUGCGUAACCUGUGCUGCUCAAACAUGCUGCCAAACUCAACAUGGCGUGCAGAUCACAAUAAUAAAGAAAGGCAAAGUGUCUUUCGCAUUUAAUGAACUCAAACAGAGCCGUUCUGUCUUUUUAUAAACAAUGUUUAUUUUCAAGUACUUUAACAUUUCAUAAUUAGCCAAAUUUCCCCACCAGAGUACAGACUACCAGCUCAGCCAAAGCCCUGUUGAAGUGAACGUGUUUACAGAAAUCAAAUACAAAAAAAAAAAAAAAAAAAAGACAAGAGAAAA